AUGAUUCAGGGCAUUGGCACGUCACUAUCUUAUCCAGUGACAGGUCUUAUCGCUUCACAAUGGUCAACAACUAAAUCAGCUGGAACUUUCAUUGCUGUGCUGUCAUGUCAUGUGCAAGUAAGGCUAAGGACAACAAUUUUGCAGUUCUGCUCCAUUUUUACGAUGCCAGUGUCGGGUGCAUUAUGCGAAACAUCGCUUGGAUGGCCAUCAGUGUUCUACUUGCAGGUACGUGAAAACGACAGCACUAUGUAA